AUGGAUUCAUCAUCGGCACCAGCCUUAUCAUCAUCGGAUAAUGUUGUUGUGUUUGGCAAAGUUGCAGUUCCACCAGUUUCUUCCCAACUCAAUACUCCCCCUUCUUUUCAAACAGCAGAGCAAGAAUUUUCCAACACCUAUGACCUUAUUUUGGGUACUUCACUCAUUGCCUCUUUUUCAUUAUAUCGGGUGUUUAAUUUUCUCUUCCGAGCUGUGAGUUAUCAAAUCGUAUUAGAACCUACCGAAUUAGAGAAGAGUAAAGCUCCCAAUAAUCAUAUAGAAGGAUUUUCAAAAUUAUAUCGGAUUGAAGGAGUGAGUGGAUUCUUUAGAGGAUUUGUUGCACGAAUGUUGAAGAAGUGGGUUCACUCCUAUGUACUUCGUAAUGUAUUGGUUUCAUUGGAUUUGAGAAGAGAAUUUCUAGUUGCAAAACGUGGAGAUUUAGCCACACAGAGAAGUAUUCCGACCUAUCAAUUAAUUUAUCAUGGAGCUUCAUUGGUUACGGACAUCUUUUCGUAUCCUUUUGAUACAGUAUUUGUGAGAAUGCAAGCUCCUCACUCUCAUCGAUUGUCUCAUCCCGAUUUGAGAGACCCUAAUGGUUCCAUGGAUUGCAUGAAUAGAAUUAUUAGAAGAGAAGGUUUUCGUGCCUUAUAUCGUGGAUGGUAUUUGAAAAUUCUUCAGAGAUUGAUUCGAGUGACUACAUUGGUCGGUUCUUAUCGUUCCAUGAAAUAUUUCUUUGGACUAUUUGGAUUGGGAGAUGAAGGUGUAGCAGACGGCUCCGAUCAAACAGAAGAAAUUUUGGAUUCUUUCAUGUUUAUUGUGGCUGAAUUAUUCUCGAGAUUUACUGUUCAACCAUUGAAAAUUCUGAGACGUCAAUUACAAUAUGGUGUCUUGUCUGAGGAUAAAAAGGCUGUUGAGCGAUUGAACAUUGUUUCAUGUGCUCAAGAAAUUUAUGAGAAAGAGGGUUGGCUUGGUUUUUAUAAGGGAACUUUUUGGCAAUAUUCGCUAGGAUCUUUGUUUUCAUUAAAGCAAAAAAUCAGCAAUUAA